UUAACAAACUGGAAAUACUAGUGGAGCAGAAGCAACCUUUGGCCACGGCUGCCUUCUGCCAUUACAUGUAGUUGUUGCAUGAUACAACAUUAAUUGACUGUGGUUUGGACUACCUUACACCUUCCUACCUGCCUGCAUGAGUAUGAAACAACAAGAGUUGACCGAAGAGGGAUUACUGAAACCUUCCAACCUGCCUGGCAGCCAUCCCCAGCUAGAUAGAUCUCCAACAAGGUGGAAUGACCUAAACCUGGCAGCCAUCCCCAGCUAGAUAGAUCUCCAACGAGGUGGAAUGACCUAAACCUGGCAGCCAUUCCCAGCUAGAUAGAUCUCCAACAAGGUGGAAUGACCUAAACCUGGCAGCCAUCCCCAGCUAGAUAGAUCUCCAACGAGGUGGAAUGACCUAAACCUGGCAGCCAUUCCCAGCUAGAUAGAUCUCCAACGAGGUGGAAUGACCUAAACCUGGCAGCCAUUCCCAGCUAGAUAGAUCUCCAACAAGGUGGAAGAUGGUAUUAAGAAAGGAGGAAGAAGGCAGGAGAUACUGCGGGUGGUCUCGUUUCCGUUGCUGUUUCCUCAUCCUGCUCCUCAUAGCAACGGCCUUCUUCUACUUCGGCGAUCGGUCAGUAGAGUGGGUCCCUUCACUAGACAGGGCGUCAAAAUGGUGGGCGGAAUUGCGUGGCGGUUCAGUCAACAGAUCUGGUUCUACCAACACCAGUAGCGAAGCAGUUUCUCUCAACUCCACUGGUUUUACCAUAGACACUCAUGAAACUGCGUCUGCCAGUUCAACAGAUCGUCAGACUUCACGUAUCCACUCUACUCAACAGGCCAUGGAACUCAACACAACACAUGAUGAAACUAGUUCCAUCACCUCUGCACUCAACAUCAUCACUAAUCUGCUCACAGAGGGCAAGGCAGUUCUGGCCACUCCUCCUCCGUAUGUGUCCCCAGGACCGUACCAUGUAGAAUACCCAUCAGAGUACAUCUUCAUCCUGGAUGAGCCAGAGAAAUGCCGGGAGCAGAACCCCUUCCUGGUUCUGAUGGUGCCAGUGGCGCCCUAUAACAGGGAGGCCCGUGAGGCCGUCCGCAGGACUUGGGGCAGUGAGAGGCAGGUACUGGGCAGAGAGGUCCGUCUGUUCUUCCUGCUGGGACUGCCCAGUGGAGAGGAGACAGAGCAGCUCCAGGAGAAGGUGCUGCAGGAGAGCAAAGAGCACCAGGAUCUGCUGCAGAGCAACUUCAUAGACAGCUACAAAAACCUGACCAUCAAGACCAUGGUGAUGAUGGAGUGGCUGAGCUCUCGAUGCCCCAACGCCUCCUACGCCAUGAAGAUCGACUCAGACAUGUUCCUCAACGUGAACACCUUGGUCAACAUGCUGCUUCACGCUCCAACGCAGAACUACCAGACUGGACUAGUGGCCCGAUGGGGAGCUGUUCUAAGAGACCGUAACUCCAAAUGGUACCUUCCAAAGGAGGUGUUUCCUGAACCAGUAUACCCACCUUAUGCUCUGGGCCUGGGCUAUGUCUUCACCUUAGACCUCCCCAGGAAGCUGGUGGAGGCGUCCAGGCAUGUUAAAGCCGUCUACAUAGAGGAUGUGUAUCUGGGACUGUGUAUGAGACACCUGGGCAUCCGGCCUACUGACCCCCCCAGUGGAAACCUCUUCCAGGUUUUCCCUGUGGCUUAUGACCGCUGCACCUACUCACGGCUGAUAGCCACCACCACACACAGUAUCACUCACCAGGUCAACGCAUGGAUAGACCUACACAAACCUGGUCCUCCCUGCUGAUCUCAUACAGUAACAGACUGACUGAUGUACCAAUCACUUCCUCGUUGUUUGUUCAUACACUAACUAACUAACAAACCAAAAACAAAGAAGGCCUCCAGGGGAUGGGGAAAGGAUAUACAUUUCUGGAUAGAUCUGAAAAUAUCUGUGCAGCAACUCUCCCCAUCCAACCUGACAGAGCUUGAGACGCUCUGCAGAGAAGACUGGGAGAAACUCCCCAAAUACAGGUGUGCCAAGCUUCUAGCGUCAUACCCAAGAAGACUCAAUGCUGUAAUCGCUGCCAACGGUGCUUCAACAAAGUACUGAGUAAAGGGUCAGAAUAGUUAUGUAAUAUUUCAGUUUUUAAUUUUAUUUAAAAAAUAAAUCCUGUUUUUGCUUUGUCAUUAUGGGGUAUUGUGUGUAGAUUGAUGAGGGGAAAGAACUAUUUAAUACAUUUUAGAAUAAGGCUUUAACCAACGUGUGGAAAAAGGUGUCUGAAUACUUUCCAAAGGCACUGUUUACCUUGGUGAAGAACAUUAACACCCUGAAUGACCAGUUUCUUCACGUUACGUCCUUUGGGAGAUUGUUGUUUUGCUCUGAACCGAGGCAGACACCUUGCUACACCGGUUUUUGAUUCCUAAGGCUUUUUUUAAACAUAGACUGAGAGCAGCAGUUAUCUGUCUAACGUGGACAUGGUGAUGGACUGGACAGGACUAACAAAUGGAUGCAAUGGGUUGGAUCUGUCUGUGGUGAAUGUGUGUACAGCACUGAAGCAGCAGAAACCCAGAACAAGUUAAACAGGUUUAUCGUAAUGGAGACUAGUUGGCUGUGUUUAGACAGGCAGCCCAAUUCUUAUAUUUAUUUCCACUAAUUGUUCGUUAAUUGAUCUCUUUCAGAGCUGAUGUGAUGAUCAAAAGUCUAAACACAGCCGCUGCACUGCACUUAAUAAUCAUCUGUGCCCCUUUUCCCAGAGCAAACUGG